AUGGCUCCGCCAAUGCUUCUCCAUGAGACAGCAGAAGAUACUACCGUAUCAGGUUACUUUAUCCCAAAAUCAACACGUGUUUGGAUAAACGCGUGGGCAAUUGGACGCGACAAAAGCGCUUGGGACGAGCCAGAGAAAUUUAACCCGUCAAGGUUCUUGAACGAGGGUAUGCCGGAUUUCAAAGGAAGUAACUUCGAGUUCAUUCCUUUUGGGUCAGGAAGAAGGUCAUGUCCAGGGAUGCAACUUGGACUCUAUGCUGUGGAAAUGACUGUGGCAAAUUUGCUACAUUGCUUCAAGUGGGAGUUACCUAAUGGAAUGAAACCAAGUGAGCUUGAUAUGAAUGAUGUGUUCGGUCUCACUGUUCCUAGAGCUGUUCAGCUUGUUGCUGUACCUAGUUAUCGACUCAAUUGUCCUCUUUGAUUUAUUUUCUAGUUGGUUUUAUAGACUGUUUCAUGAUUUUUCAGCCAAAAAUAAUAUAAUUGGGGUCUCAAAUUUUAAU